AACCUCGUGUAGUUAAUAUCUCCUCGAGAGCCCCCUGGAAAAGGCGAAAGCUAAGGAGAGUAACAAGUGUCAUAACGGUCGUUAACUCCAUUUGAAGCGAAGCAUUCGACAAGGUGUUUUCCCAUUAACGGCUUUCCCAUUUUCCGUUACGUUUGUGGUGAAAAUUGUGCUUGUGUGCUACGAAAAGCAAGCAAGUUUUUGUGAAGAAACAAAGUGACCGGCAUUCAAUUGUAGCGAAUUCAAAUCUUGAAAGAGACUUAUCAUCAGAAACUAACGACACCAACCACUAAAUACUAAAAUGAUGGCACGAAUCUCCAGUAAUAUCGCUCUACACCACCUCCUCAUUUUGGCAGUUGUAUUGGCUUCGUGUACGGCCCGACCACAGAAUUCAAUCGACAAUCAGGAUGGUCUCGAAUACCAGCCAAAUUUGGGUGAUAUCCAAAGUUAUUAUUCAUAUCCCUCUCAAGUUGCUUUGGAGAGUGCCCCGAUAAAUCAACUGCAGUAUUUCAUCAAGCAAUUAAGACCAGCAUCCGGAAACUCCAACAACUUUGAUUCCCUCUACCGCGUACCAGAAACGAAACGACAAAUGCGAUACCGUCAAUGCUACUUCAACCCAAUUUCAUGCUUUAAGAAGUAAACGCACCCCCGGACAUCCAGACUUACGGAGCACCCCCUCAUUUCCAUCAUCAUUCAACUGAUCCUGUCAUGCAUCCCAGAAAAUCUUCACCCCCUCAGAUAAAUAUGUAUUUAUAAAUAUAAAGUGACUGCAUUAAGUAUUUAUCCUGUAUACAAGCAAAUAGUAAUAGCAAGUCAAAGGCAUCACACACCUGCAUAUACACCCACAUAUGAUAAAUAUAUUUUUUGACCAAAAUCGUUCACGGACUUGGGAACUGGUCAAGUUAUUUAUUACAACAAAUUAAUAUGUAUAAAUGUCUUUUAUAUGUAUUACUCCAGCCAUUUAUUGUAAUAAAUAAGGAGUGAAUGUAAUGGAUUAUCUGCAAAUAAAUUAUAAUAUACACUAGAGACUAUUAUUCUACAAAAAAAGCUUAAUUGAUUCAUCGUGUAUACCAUUUCAAAAUUACAUACAUCAAUUAUCUACAUGCAAACAACAUUAACGAAAAUUAAGUGUCAAAAAAAAGAUUACUUGAAAGUCAGUAGAUUUUAAUUUUAGAGCAAGCAAAGCAUUAAAAAAUGAUAAAAAGUCGAAAUUCGUGUAUAAAUUAACUGAAGAAGGCAAAUCUUCAAAGAUAUUCGAUAGAAAAUUCUGAAAUAUAAAAUUAUUCAUAUUUAUCUGUAAA